GGUAAUUUGUUUUAGGAGCUACUGAAAAAGUUGAAAACCUAACGGACCUGAGAACAUUAAUUAUUGAAAUAAAUAGAGAAAUAUCCAAACAGUUCUUCAAAAUAGUAAUCAAUACCUGUGAAGUUACGUGCCAUGAUAUGAUUAUUUGGUUGAAUACUAAAAAUGAUCAGCUAUCGAGGCUACAAAAUAUCUAUUCAGCUUUAGAACUGGAAUACUUUCACACCAUACUACAUGAAAUUCUGAAUUCAGAGGACUACAAGUUAACUUUCAUUGUUUGUAUUAAUAUCACGUCUACACUUACAGGAUUUUUCUCAAGGGAUAAUGGUCAGAAUGUUUUAUAUAAAUGGAUAAAGGCAGGAUAUUUUGUGAGAAAAGAUGCUCAUGUCCAUUUGGGUCCAAGACUUAUUUUAGAGUUUACUUCUUAUUUGAAAACUCAUUUUCCAAACUCUAUGUGUAAUCUCUGUUCGGAAUUGGUGUUUUCGGGAAAUCAGUGUCAGUCAUGUCAUAAGAUGUUACAUUCCUAUUGUUUAUCCAAGUAUUUAGUAAAUCAAAAAACAUGUCCCUGUUGCCAUAAGCGUUGGAGUGGUACCGACUUCGAUUUAGCUUAUCAAUCACAAAACGGGCACAGAUCAGACGAUGAAGAAGAGAUGGCAGAAUUAUCAUCAGUAAACAAAUCAAAUAAUAAAAUAUCUCAGUCUGAAGAUUCUAAUAACUUUACUCAUAUGAAUACUGAUAGUGAUGAAAAUUCUAACGAACCAGGACCGAGCACAAGAAGAAAAAGGAGAAGGUGAUAAUUGUUUAUUUUAUUUAUUCUCUAGUAUGUGCUGACUGUUAACAUUACCAAGAAAAUUAUUUCAAUUAUGUUUGUAAUUGAAAUAUUUCAUUAUUAAAUACUGAUAAUAUUGAAAAAGUGUAAAGUGUAUCUUUUCUAUUUGAACUUCCCUGCAAGAGUGAACCUCUAUUUUGAUUAUCAAUAAAAAUGUAAAAUAC